GGGAAGGCUGGGCUUGUUGGGGGCGCGGGGCGCCUUGUGUGUAGCCCCCAGCACAGAUUUCUGAUCCCUAACCUGACUGUGACCAUUGUGAUGGAACAAGAGCAAAAACUGUUGGUCUCAGAUUCUAAUGGCUUCACAGAGAGGGAGAGUUUGAAAAGCACUUUUACAGGAGAUGAAAGUAAGAAUAAUUUGGAAACUGUUCAACACAGUAACUCUAAGGCAGAUAAAGAGAGAGCCUCAAAAUGGUCUAAAAGUGAUGGCCUACAAAAUUGUAAGCAUGAGGACACCAAAAAAAUGCCAUUGACAUGGUCCCAGGAAUGUGAAACUGAGUGUGAUGAUUCCUGUGAGAAUGAUGGCAACUUGGAGAAUCAGGGAAAUUCUACAGGAAAAGAGGGAAAACCCAAUCACUGGGGAUGGGACCCAGGACAACAUACCAGGGCUGCCGUCUGGCAGACUUCAUCCUUCGGGGACAAACCCUUCAAAUGUUCUGAGUGUUGGAAAAGCUUCAAUAAUAGUUCUCAUCUUCGAACUCACCAGAGGACCCACUCAGGAGAAAAACCUUAUAAAUGUUCUGAGUGUGGGAAAUGCUUCAGUAACAGCUCUCACCUGAUUCAGCAUCUGAGAACACACACAGGCGAGAAGCCCUACCAGUGUGGCGAAUGUGGGAAAAGCUUCAGCAACACCUCCCAUCUUAUUAUCCAUGAAAGAACUCACACGGGAGAGAAACCCUAUAAAUGUCCUGAGUGUGGGAAGAGUUUCAGUAGCAGCUCUCACCUUAUUCAGCAUCACAGAUCACAUACAGGUGAAAAACCAUAUGAAUGUCCGGUUUGUGGGAAAUGCUUCAGCCACAGUUAUGUCCUAGUAGAACAUCAGAGGACCCACACUGGAGAAAAACCUUAUAAGUGCCCCGACUGUGGGAAGAGUUUUAGUCAGAGUUCUAGUCUGAUUCGCCACCAGCGGACACACACAGGUGAGAAGCCCUACAAAUGUCCUGAGUGUGGAAAAAGCUUUGGUUGCAAUUCUACUCUAAUAAAGCAUCAGAGAAUACAUACAGGAGAAAAACCCUAUCAGUGUACAGAAUGUGGGAAGAAUUUCAGUCGAAGUUCAAACCUUAUUACACACCGGAAGAUGCACACAGGUGAGAAAUCCUAUGAAACGUCUGAAUAUGAAGGAAGUUUGAGUCAGAACUGCAGUGUGAUAGACGAAUACAGAAUCCAGCCAGGAGGGAAACCAUAUAAAUGUUGUGAAUGUGGAAAGAGUUUUGGCCUUAGCUCCCACCUCAUAAGACAUCAGAGAACACAUACAGGAGAAAAACCUUACAGAUGUUCUGAGUGUUGGAAAACUUUUAGUCAGAGUUCCACCCUGGUGAUUCACCAAAGGACGCACACAGGAGAGAAACCUUAUAAAUGUCCUGACUGUGGUGAGUGCUUCAGUCAAAGCUUUAACCUUAUCAGGCAUCGGAGGACCCACAUAGGAGAAAAACCUUACAAAUGUACUGACUGUGAGAAAUGCUUCAGCAGAAGUGCCUAUCUCAUUCAGCAUCAGAAAAUUCAUAUAGAAAAGUCUUCUGCGUCUCCUGAAGUUGAAGAUUUUCCUCAUGAAUGGACUUGGAAAAACUGUUCUGGGGAAAUGGCUCUUAUCUCUUCAUUUUCAGUCCCAAAUUCAUCUCCCUCCUGA